CUCCACCUGUUAGUUAGUCUCCCUCUCCUCUCCGCGCUGGAAUCCCCUCUUUUUUUAUGAGGAGUUUCACACUUGCACUAUCAGUGAGCCCUAUGACUGUGCGAAAAGGAAAAAGUUUAGCCAUCUCCAUCCAGGAGCACAUGGCCAUCGAUGUAUGCCCGGGCCCCAUCCGCCCCAUUCGUCAAAUCUCAGCCUACUUCCCUCGCCUAUCGCCCACUUCUUCCUUCUCUGAGCCGCUCUCGCCCAACCAGGUGGCAGCUCCCACCGCGCUCAGCCCCGGUAGUGCAGGUCAAGGUGGAGGGGCUGUCGGUGGGGGAGGAGGCGGAGGAGGGAGCAGCAGUCUGUUGUCACCACUGUUACCAGGGGCGGCAGGCGGAGGGGGCUCACUGUCAACCAUGAGCAGCAUGGACACCUCCAUUGAGAUCGACAGCUGUGACAGCGACGAUAACACCUCCUUGGGGACGUUAGAGUUUGACCUUCUGUAUGAGAGAGCCACCAGCUCCUUACGCUGCACAGUCCUGAGAGCAAAGGGUCUGAAGCCGAUGGAUUUUAAUGGCUUGGCUGAUCCCUAUGUCAAGCUGCACCUGCUGCCAGGAGCCUGCAAGGCUAAUAAACUGAAAACAAAGACUGUUCGCAACACACUGAACCCCGUGUGGAAUGAGACGCUCACCUACUGUGGAAUCACAGAGGAAGACAUGUACCGCAAAACACUCCGGGUGUCUGUGUGUGACGAAGACAAGCUGACACAUAAUGAGUUCAUCGGGGAGUCGCGGGUGGCCCUGCGCCGCGUGAAGCCUGACCAGACCAAACACUUUAACAUCUGUCUGGAGCAUCCACCUCCUCUGCCUUCACCGACUGCGAUGAGCACAGCCCUAAGAGGAAUCUCCUGCUACCUGAGAGAGUGGGAGACUGAGCAGCAGAGAAGUCUUGAGGAGAGAGGUCGUUUGCUGCUCUGCCUGCAGUUCCUCCCCCCGUCCAGUGAUGGCGACGUGAAGGGAGAGGCCAAGGAAAGGGCUCGUGGCGGGCUGUGCGUGGGCGUCAAACGCUGUGCCCACCUGGCAGCCAUGGAUGUCAACGGCUACUCAGAUCCCUAUGUUAAAACGUACCUCAAGCCCGACGUUCAUAAGAAAUCCAAGCACAAAACAGCGGUCAUAAAAAAGACUCUCAACCCUGAGUUUAACGAGGAGUUCUUCUAUGAAAUCACCUUCUCAGAGUUAGCCACCAAGACACUGGAGGUCACAGUGUGGGACUACGACCUGGGAAAGUCCAAUGACUUCAUAGGCGGUGUGUCCUUAGGGUGUCACUCGCAGGGAGACACUCUGCAGCACUGGAUAGACUGCCUGAAGAACAAGGGCAAGAAGGUGGAGCGCUGGCACACACUGACCAACGAGCUGCCUGGAUCCACACUGCAGGAAUGAACUGAUCUUCAUCUACUGUCCUGACGCUGAAGAGACUGACCUGAACUCUGAUUGAGAGACGUUUCAUCGCAUGUUCUGGGGAUUUCCUGCAUGAUUAUGAGGGAUUCAUAUCCUACUUACUUUGUGUCAUAAAUGAGACCAUAAUUCACAACAACAUAUCCAAAGGGGGGUCACAUUCAGAGAUCAAUACUCCAAUCGUGGAUCUAAAAUAGACUUGAUGCAAAUCUGGGAAACUGUCCCCACCACAAAGCUGACAGUAUGAGAAUUUUCAUAAUCAUAUUCAUAGCAAUCCAUGUCCCUUUUGUGGGUUUAAUGUCAGUCUCAGAGCUCCUCUGUGCUGCUGCAAACUGGUCAGAUCUCAAUUAACAGAAAAGAAACCCUGAAAUCAGGCAAAAGAAAAUAUAAUGAGUGAAAAAGUUAAAUUAUCCCUCAUGUCAGGUUUGCUUGCUCUCAUUACAUUCGGCCUGUUAUUUUCAUUAACUGCUGACAUUAAAACUCCUCUGUUAUGACUUUCUGUCUCACAGCGCACAUACCUCUCCCUUGCAAUAAUGUUUUGCCUAAUGCUUCCUAAGAUUUCCAAGUGGUCUUAAUACUGUCAGAUGUUUUGUACCUAUUGGAUUACCUGCAGACAGCACAGCUUAAUAAGAUAAUUGGUUCUUCCAUGUUGAUGGUUCGUGUCAGUUACUUGCAUGUUUGGUGUUGAUGGAGCAAACUAAAAGACAAAUAUGUGCCAGGCUCUGCUGCAGAAUGACAUCCUCAUCAUUGUGUUGUUCUCAACUCUCCUGAGGUGUGUUGCUUUAAUUAACUGAAGAGAUUUUUAUUUAAAUUAAGGGUAACCUUCCUUUAUUUUUAUGUUGUUCUCGUUUGAUGUGUCAGCUCUAAUAUCACUGUGUCAGUUUCUUGUUGGUGACACAUCAAUGGACCUAUUUUUGCUUCAUGGUCCCUAAUUUGUAUGGAAGACAAAAUGUUUCAUAGCAGGUUGUGUUGUGGAGAGCCUUGCAUGGUCACACAGUAAAUAAAGUCGUCAGCCUUUGUUGAAUAUCUAAAUUACAAAUAUGAAUGGUGUAUAGAGCACAGUGUUGUCUGAUAACUCUCUGUGACUGCUGCUUUACUAUGGACUCCAUUAACCAAGCUACAGGUUUUAUCUGUGCUCGGUCUUGUGGUAAAAGAGGCAUGCUGAAAAUACAAGUGGUGUUCAUAUGUAAAUAUGUAUUGUGUUUGACUUGCUUUGGAUAUUUGUUACAUGGAACUUAAAGUGUGCAUGAUUGUUUUCUCUCCUUUUUUUCAUAAAACAUUCAUAUUGAUUGAUUGUGUGUAUCCCUGAAUUUCCAGUUGUUCCAAAGUGGCCUCUUUGAAUCUCUAAUGUUUACGUCUGGCUCAGUGGCGAUCCAAUAAAGCCAAUACUGCCAUCUAGCCUUCAGGAUCUGCAAUC